AUGGAGGAGAAUGACCCCAAGCCCAUCGAAGCGGCGGCGGCGGCGGCGGAGGGGCAGCGGCAGCCGGAAUCCAGCCCCGGCGGCGGCUCCGGUGGUGGCGGCGGCGGCGGCGGUGGCAGCCCGGGCGACGCGGACACUGGCCGCCGGCGGGCUCUGAUGCUGCCCGCGGUCCUGCAGGCGCCGGGCAACCACCAGCACCCGCACCGCAUCACCAACUUCUUCAUCGACAACAUCCUGCGGCCCGAGUUCGGCCGCAGAAAGGACGCGGGGACGUGCUGUGCCGGCGCGGGAGGAGGAAGAGGCGGUGGAGCCGGCGGCGAAGGCGGCGCGGGCGGCGCGGAAGGAGGAGGCGGUGGCGCGGGCGGCGCCGAGCAGCUCCUGGGGUCGGGCCGGGAGGCCCGGCAGAACGCGCCAGGGGCGCCCGGGGCGGGCGGGCCGCUUCCCGGCGGCGGCGGCGACUCUCCGGGCGACGGGGAAGGCGGCUCCAAGGCGCUCUCGCUGCACGGCGGCGCCAAGAAAGGCGGCGACGCCGGGGGCCCCCUGGACGGGGCGCUCAAGGCCCGCGGCUUGGGCGGCGGCGACCUGUCGGUGAGCUCGGACUCGGACAGCUCGCAGGCCAGCGCCAACCUGGGCGCGCAGCCCAUGCUUUGGCCGGCCUGGGUCUACUGCACGCGCUACUCCGACCGGCCGUCUUCAGGUCCCAGGUCUCGCAAACCAAAGAAGAAGAACCCCAACAAAGAGGACAAGAGGCCGCGCACGGCCUUCACGGCCGAGCAGCUGCAGAGGCUCAAGGCCGAGUUCCAGACCAACAGGUACCUGACGGAGCAGCGACGCCAGAGCCUGGCGCAGGAGCUCAGCCUCAACGAGUCGCAGAUCAAGAUUUGGUUCCAGAACAAGCGCGCCAAGAUCAAGAAGGCCACGGGCAACAAGAACACGCUGGCCGUGCACCUCAUGGCACAGGGCCUGUACAACCACUCGACCACGGCCAAGGAGGGCAAGUCGGACAGCGAGUAGGGUGGGCGGGCGCGAGUCCAGUCUCAGUCCACGCUAAACAAUGCAAUAAUUUAAAAUCAUAAAGGGCCAGUGUAUAAAGAUUAUACCAGCAUUAAUAGUGAAAAUAUUGUGUAUUCGCUACGGUUCUGCAAUAUUCUAUGUAUAUAUAAUUUACAGGUGGUGUAAAAUCCAAAAUAUCUGACUAUAAAAUAUUUUUUUGAGUUUUUCUGUGUUUAUGAGAUUAUGCUAAUUUUAUGAUUUUUUUUUUUUUUGCGAAGGGGGGCUGCUUAGGGUUUCAUCUUUUUUAAUCCCCUAAGCUCCAUGGUGGGACAUCGGACACUUUUAUUUUUUAAUUUCAGAAGAAGAAAAAAAAAAUUAAAACAACUUGCUAAAGUCCAAAGAUUUUUAUUGCUGCAUUUCACACGACUGUGAACCGAAUAAAUAGCUCCUACUUGGUCUGUGAGUUCUGCCACUUUGUUUGUGUGGGCUUGGUGAGGACAGCAGGAGGGUAUGUAGCCCCCCUUGCCCUGCCCCGGGCUGGGGGGAGCACAGGGGCCCCCCCGCAGGAGCGCCCUGGGAAGCGGGCCCUUGGUGAUGGGCAGCCCAGGCCCCAGCCUCACCAGGCUCCCCUCCUCCUGCCUUCCCUCCUUUUCCCCCUCCUCCUCUUCCUCCUC